AUGCCUUCGAACGGUGGAACCAUCAACAAAGACUUACGGGCGGAGCGGGACAAGUGUACGUUCAACAAUGAAGAGUUUACCCUGUGGUGGGUCGGUGGAGAAACAAAGCUGAAAGAGAAGCGAUUCCGAGAGGACUUCUUUCUCAAUGAUCCCGAGCUGCAGGAGAAAGUACCACUGCACUUCCUUUCCCACAAGGAGCUGUACGAGGAGUCGGUACGCAAGGCAACGGUUGCGUUCCGCAAGGUACGCAAGCUACAGGAAAUGGGACAGGACGGAGUGGACAACUACUCUGCCUUGUUAGGCGGACUGCUUGGUACGGGAAUCCUGAAACAGGGUAACCCACUAACGGUUCACUAUGUGAUGUUUCUGCCGGCUAUCCUCGGCCAUGGAACUCCGGAACAGCAGGCCGAGUGGUUUGGACGUGCCUGGAACUGUGAAGUGAUUGGAACGUAUGCGCAAACCGAACUCGGUCACGGUACGUUCCUGCGCGGACUGGAAACGACGGCUACGUACGACGAGCGUACGAAGGAGUUCGUGCUGCACAGCCCAACACUAACGGCGUACAAAUGGUGGCCGGGAGGAUUGGCACAUACGGCUAACUAUUGCGUGGUAAUGGCGCAACUGUAUUCCAAAGGAAACUGUCACGGCAUACAACCGUUCAUCGUGCAACUCCGCGACGAAGAGACACAUAUGCCGCUGAAAGGCAUCACGAUCGGUGAGAUCGGCAACAAGCUCGGCAUGAACGGUGUUAACAAUGGCUUCCUUGGGUUCGAUCAUGUGCGCAUCCCGCGCAAGAACAUGCUGAUGAAGAACGCCAAACUGCUCGAGGACGGUACGUUCGUGAAGCCACCGUCGCAGGCACUCACCUACGGCACGAUGAUGUUCGUGCGCGUCGUGAUAUGUCGCGAUAUGGCGGCCUACCUAUCGAAGGCGGUAACGAUCGCGGUUCGCUAUUCGGCCGUGCGCCGUCAGAGUCACAUCAAUCCGGAUCAACCGGAGGUGCAGGUGAUCGAUCACUUAACGCAACAGUACAAACUGUUCCCGGCCAUUGCUAAGAGUAUUAUCUUCAAGCUAACCUCGGACAACCUGUGGGAGAUGUACAAUCAGGUGACGUCCGAGCUGGAUAAGGGUGAUCUUGAGCGUCUUCCGGAGUUGCAUGCGAUCGCCUGUUGUCUCAAGGCUGUAACGACGGCGGAUGCCGCCACCGGCGUAGAAAUUUGCCGUCUGGCAUGCGGUGGCCAUGGCUACAUGACGUGCUCAAACUUUUACGGAACGUACGGCAUGGUUACGGCCGCUUGUACGUACGAGGGUGAAAAUACCGUCCUGCUGCUCCAGACCGCACGAUAUUUGAUGAAGGCUUGGCAACAGGCCCUUCGUGGACAGGAAUUGGUACCAACCGUACAGUAUCUGGGUCGGUUUCUGAGCAGCAAAAACCGGCGCAUCGAAUGGGACGACUCAAUCGGUGGUAUCAUACGCGCCCUGCAAACUGUGGCCGCCGGCAAGUUGCGCCUAGCCGCAGAACAUAUUGAGCAGCGUCAGAAGAGCGGUGCCACGCUGGAGGAAGCAACUAAUCAAACCUCGAUCGAGCUGGCACGCACGGCCGACGCACACUGCCGUGCGUUCUUGGUGCAGUCCGGGUACGAGAUGAUCGAAAAGGGUUGCGAAACGGUCUCGCCCGAGGUGGCCAAGGUGCUGCGUGCAAUUUACCAUCUGUACGCGUACGACGAAGCACUUAAAGCGCUCGGAGACUUGUUACGGUUCACCACGAUUUCCGAGAGCGACAUUAACCGGCUGCAGGUUAAGCUGGAGGCGGCCCUUGCCGAGCUACGCCCGAAUGCGGUCGGCAUUGUCGAUUCGUUCGACAUCCCGGACGAUGUGCUGGGAUCGCCGCUCGGUGCCUACGAUGGCAACGUUUACGAGCGGCUGUACGAGGAAGCUAAAAAGAGCCCUCUGAAUCAGGAACCCGUCAAUCAAUCAUUCCACAUGUAUUUGAAACCGUUCAUGAAGUCAAGCCUGUAG